CUCCCCCUAGCUCUGCCCCGGCUUCCAGCUCGUCCAGUUCUGGUUUCCUCCUGCCCCCAUCAGGGCUCUCAGCUUUUCCACCACCGUGGCUUUUUCUAGUCCUUUAAAUCCUAGAGGCAAACUUUGGGGGAAAUAAGGAAGGCUGGGAGGGGCCUAAGGCUUAACCCUCUCAACCCGGGACUAGAAACCAAGACCAGCUAAGCUGACUGGGCGUUGACUCCGCGCUCGCCUGGUAGGCUUACCAUGGCCCCCGAGAGGGGCUGAAGCUUACGUAGUUCCCGGUGCAGGUGAGAUCCAGCUCCGAGAAAGAAGGAAAAAGGAGCCAGCGAGGUAGCCUCCGAGGCCGGGAGGUACCACAGCUUGAGUCGGAGCCCAAUCCAGUCAGGACCACGAGAUGCCGGUGUUGAAGCAGCUGGGCCCUACGCAGCCCAAGAAGCGACUGGAGCGCGGUUCACUGUCUAUCUCAGCGCCCCUCGGAGACUUCAGGCACACAUUGCACGUGGGGCGCGGUGGAGACGCCUUCGGGGACACUUCGUUCCUGAGUCGCCACGGGGGAGGCCCGCCCCCGGAGCCCCGCGCACCGCCAGUCGGGACCCCACAUUCUGUCCCUCCACCUGCAGUCCCACAGCCCCCCGCACCCGGCCUCUGCGUGGCUUCACCCGUCGACCCGCUGCUGUCCUUCCACCUGGACCUGGGCCCCUCUAUGCUGGACGCGGUGCUAGGCGUCAUGGACGCGGAGCGCGCCGAGGCAAAGGCCCCCAAGCCCAUCGGGGAUGUCCACCCUGGAAUGCAGCACCAGAAGGCGCACUGCCGCUCCAAUCCUGACCUCCAGCUGGACGAUGUCAUCGGCCUGUAGUGUCCUGUCUGCACCCCUCCCUCCCCCCAGCACCCCAUUUUUGUACACAUAAAUGGCCGAGUUUUGCGCCA